CCAACGUAGUCGCGUAUAUAUGUGCGUAGUCUUGCCUACUACGUGAACCUCGCGACAACACGCGACGUUUCACUACGCGAAUACGUCAUUUUACGAAUUUUUGCGGUUGUAUCUGUGAAAUGACCACCUAAAUACUCUAUGGUGACUCAUGAAAAAAAAAGAGUGACAUUUGAAUUUGGAAAACCGGGAAAAACGAUUUUCGUAUCAGUGUUUGUACUUGUGCGUGAAUGAAAACUGUUUAUGGAUUUUCUGAAAUUUCCGUGACGGUACGAACGCUACAUUUGUCCUUCAAUAGCAUCUACUUUAUAAAUCACAGCCGGAACGAAUCAAAGGAUAAUACAUCAAUUGAGAACACCCUAAAACAAAUAUGGCUACCAAUACGUUAGAAUCCAAAAAUAAAACCAAUCUCAACACAUAGGGGAAGUGCAGUGUACUUUUCAAAAUGUAAAAGUAAAAAUAAACUUUAGGAUAUCCGGAUGAAUGUACCUUUAAAAGGAUAAUAAUGACGAACUAAUUCAACAGAAUAUGAAUGUGUGUAUGGAGUGACAUUACAAAUUCAUAUGAAUGUGUUCAUUCAGUGGCAUUGUUCAUAAUGUCGAACUAUUAUAGGAUGAGGUUGACGAGUCGGUGUGUUAAACCCUUGUUUCUGUUGUUGCGGACUUGGUGGUGUUGUGUUUUUGUGUUGUGUGUUUGUGUUGGUGUGUGCGGUGGUUACGUCGAGCAGAAGUUCGCGAUGGAGCCUCAAGAUCAGACUGCAGUGGUAGGGUCUAGGGUAACCUUACCCUGUAGGGUGGAGAACAAGGCAGGUCAGCUGCAGUGGACGAAGGACGACUUCGGCCUUGGACUGCAUAGGGAGCUCAGUGGUUAUGACCGGUAUAAGAUGAUCGGCAGCGAUGAAGAGGGUGAUUACUCGUUAGACAUCAGAGAGGUGACGCUUGAUGACGAUGCGAAAUAUCAGUGCCAAGUCAGUUCUGGAUCAAGAGGUGAACCCGCAAUUAGGUCACGCUAUGCCCGCCUCACAGUGCUCGUACCGCCUGAACCACCAAAAAUACUGCAAGGGAAUUUCUACUCUACGCCAGAAGACAGAAUAAUCAAAUUGGAAUGCGUCUCCGUUGGAGGCAAGCCACCAGCUGAAAUCACGUGGGUGGACAGCAACGCAGGGGUUUUGACGCAGGGCGUGACGACCACCGUCGAACCUUUGUCGGAUGGACAGAGAUUUACUACGAGGUCCAUCAUAAGGAUGGCUCCUAAACAAGAGCAUAACAACCAAACAUUCACAUGUCAAGCACAAAACACCGCCGAUCGAGCGUACAGAGCUGCAAGUAUACUAAUUGAGGUGAAAUACGCGCCGAAAGUGAAGAUACGGAUUAAAUCCGGGAGGCGGAUACCCGAAGGACAAGACGUCGUUAUAAGCUGCACUGCUGAUGCAAAUCCGGGCAAUCUGACUUUCAGAUGGGUUAUGAACGAGUCAAUUAUUGGGAAUAGUUCGGAACUGAAAAUAACGAACAUUUCCCGCGCUUACAACGGGGCAGUUCUGAAGUGCAUGGUCUUCAACGAGGUCGGAAAAAGCGAGGAGACAGAAAUCCUCGAGAUUACUUAUCCCCCGUCAUUCAGGAGCUACCCGAAAGACGUAGAAGCGGAAGUGGGCAAGCAAGUGACACUGAGCUGUGAUGUCGAUGGGUUUCCAGCACCGGAAAUAAGAUGGCUGCACUAUGAAGAAGACACUAAUAUCCGCGUGGGCCGGACGCCAAACCUGACGCUAACCGUGGACACACACACUUCAGGGCGGUACCUUUGUAAGGCGAGCGUUGAGGGAUACCCUGAAAUCGAGACUGAGGCGUCUAUAUUUAUCAAAGGUCCGCCAAAAAUCAUUUCCAAUCACACACAGUUUGGGUCUCAAGGUGACACAGUCAACAUAGAGUGCGCAGCGUUCUCCAUACCAAGAAUAGACACCAUCAUCUGGACUUAUGAAGACAAAGAAAUUGACACGGUCCACGAUCAUGAUUACUUGUUCCGAGAAGACUUACAAGCGGGUGGCAUCGUCAAUUCCACACUGACCAUUCGUGAGAGCCAGUCCAGACACUUCGGCGUUUACAAAUGCAACGUCUCUAAUGACUAUGGGAGUGAUACCUUGGAGAUCGUCCUGAGGCCCACCAAAACGUUUCCCCUACUGCUGAUCCUGUUUGGAGUGACAUCGGGUACCAUAAUGGUGGCAGCUGUAAUAAUGCUAGUGAUCCUAUGUCAGAGGAAGCAAAGAAAGAAUAAACAAGCGCAAGUAACAGAGAAGCCAGAUGUCACUGUUACUGCUGAGGAACUUUUCAAGGAAAACGAUAGAAAUUCUAAUAUAAGCGAUCUGAAACUGGAACUUCGACAAGCGAAUGGCAGUUGCGAAAUCGAUUAUUCAAACACUGGAUCGGAUAGUACAUUAUGUUCUAACGCCAAAUUGGGGAGCGGCAUCCCCUUGGCCGGGUCCGUGCCGAUGUCUGCGAUAAAUCAAUCCAACGCCUACCAACCCUAUAGGUAUAGUAAUGAUUAUACCGAUCCUGCUUACGUGGACUGUUAUAAGGUGAAUGGUUUUACUAAUGGCUACCAAACCUACGUGCACUACGGACAUGACUACACACCGGGUUCUUUGAGAGUACAGUCGCCUACACUAGGAAGCGAGAAACUUACACCUAACAGGUCAAUAAACGGCAGUUUACCCAGAAGCGUGGACACGCCAUCAUCAACUCAAUACAACGCAAGUAACGGCUCGCAAAGUAACUCUUUACAGCGAGCAACCAAGCGGCCGGACAAUAGUAACACAUUGCCAAGUGAAGGUGCCAGAGUGCCUAACGGCGGUAUAAUUCAAGGCGUGGACGUGCGUUAUGCGGCCACUUACGGCAAUCCGCACUUAAGGACAGGAUUAAGCACCGUGCACACUGCGAAGCCUGCUUCGACACCCGCACCGCCACCUUACUCCUCUGUUAGGAAUUCUGUUAUAUUACCGUCAGGUACAUCGUCACAUUCGAUAACAUCGCCUACGAGCCUUGCGUCGCCUCAAUGUGCCACAAGUCCUAUCACCAACUCAACAAUGUCGACGGAUAGUGCACAGCCAGCUCAGGUGGGAGUUGUGACGUCAUCCGGCACUCCUCAGUCGCCAAGUUCGCACUACAUACUCGCGCCGUCGAAUCGAUCCCUCACCAAUGCGUCGGUUACCAAGAAAGGUAACAGUCAUCAGCAGCCGUUAGCGACUCAUGUGUAAGCGUUCCUAAAAAACUUGUUUAUGUAGUAUCAAAAAGUUUAUCCAAACUAAAACUAAGUGUUAUUAAUUUAGUGAUUAAACGUUUGUGGGUUUCCAGACUAAAAAAAAAAACUCUUUGGUGAAAAUCACUUUUAUACGUGACUGUGCGGUAUUUUAAAAACGGUCUGCAAAAAAGACUUUUUAAAUUAAUUAAUUUUAUUCGAAUUAAAUGUAAAAAUAUUAUAAUACUGUAAGAUAGAAUUUAGUUCCAAUAACGUGAAUUGUUAUAAUUUUAUUUUAAAUUUUUAACUUUUUUUAAUAUUAUAAUGUUUUUUCGAAGUUCAAUUAAAACAAGGCCUACA